CAGACUUCCUUGUUUAUGAUAGUGGUCAUAUUUGGCGGAAAAUGUAACGUUAAUGUUAUGGGGAAGAUAUAUUAGCAGUUUUAUUAGAUUUGUUUAAGACAGUUGUUUCAGGACGAAAGGAAACUUUAUCGUAUCAUUAGCAAAACCAUGCCCAUGACUGCAGCAGCAACUUCCUCACAGGACCAACAUGAAGAAGAUCAGGAUGAAUUUGGACCUCAGCUGAUAACUAAACUCCAGUCGCAGGGAAUCAGUGCUGCUGAUAUAAAGAAACUGAAGGAUGCCGGCUACCACACAGUUGAGGCAGUGGCUUUUGCACCGAAGAAAGAACUUCUAGCAAUCAAAGGGAUAAGCGAAGUUAAGGCAGAUAAGUUCCUGACCGAAGCCUCAAAACUUGUUCCAAUGGGCUUCACAACUGCCACAGAAUUUCAUCAGAAACGUUCCGAGAUAAUACAGCUGACAACAGGCUCCCAAGAGUUGGAUCGACUGCUGGGUGGGGGUAUUGAAACAGGGUCCAUCACAGAGAUAUUUGGCGAAUUUCGCACAGGGAAAACACAGCUCUGCCACACCCUUGCAGUGACUUGUCAGCUCCCCAUAGACCAGAAUGGUGGUGAGGGGAAAUGCCUCUACAUUGAUACAGAGGGAACAUUCCGGCCAGAGCGACUUCUGGCGGUUGCAGAGCGCUACAAAUUAUCAGGGAAUGAUGUGCUGGACAAUGUGGCUUAUGCAAGAGCAUACAAUACAGACCACCAGACGCAGCUUCUUGUAGUGGCAUCUGCCAUGAUGGUAGAGUCCAGGUAUGCUCUGCUGAUAGUGGACAGCGCAAUGAGUCUUUACAGAACCGAUUACUCUGGACGGGGAGAGCUAGCUUCUAGACAAACACACCUGGCACGUUUCCUUCGUAUGUUGCUGCGAUUAGCAGAUGAGUUUGGAGUGGCUGUGGUGAUCACAAACCAGGUUGUGGCACAAGUUGAUGGUGCCUCCCUGUUUGCUGCAGAUCCCAAGAAGCCUACUGGGGGCAACAUCAUGGCCCACUCUUCGACCACAAGGCUGUACUUGAGGAAGGGGCGUGGUGAAACUCGCAUUUGUAAAAUCUAUGACUCACCUUGCUUGCCAGAAACAGAAGCCAUAUUUGCCAUCAAUGCAGAUGGAAUUGGUGAUGCUAAGGAGUAAACAGGUAGUCCUGAUAUGUGGGCUUUGUGUAGCCAACAUGGUUGUCUCUCAGCAAGCUUCAGAAAUAGCAGUGUCACUGAAAUUACUGUGAGCUCUUUUUUGCCCACAGAUCAGUGACUGACAGGUGACUGUUAGUGUGCAUGAAGAAUGUUGUCAUUGAGCACCAGGAAUAGGACUGCGCUCCACAAACUGCCUGGGCCUUGUUCAGUCCCAACAGGGCAGCCAGCCAGCAAAGAAAUGCAUUCCAAAUCUAUAGAUCUGCUCAUAUGUUUAAAUUCUCAGUCCUUAUUUUAUACAAGUGUGAUAAUUAAUUCCAGAAACCACAACUUGGAACUAAGUAUUAUACUUAGUGCUUUGGUGAUAUUCUUAGUGACAGUGAGAUUUUUCAGAAAUGGUAGUAUCUUGUUUAGCUAGUUCUGUGUCCCAUGAAACAAUGAUAAAACCCUCCCAGUGCUGUGUCUGCUGUUGGCAGCGGCAGCAUGCAUAGCUGCAGUUGCUAUAUCACUGAGUGCACAUGUUUAGUUCUUGUAAAUAAAAGUGUAGUGUGGACUUGCUCCUUUUUCUCACCCAAAAUUAUGUAUUUCCUUUACCAGGUUUAUUCCUUUAUAUUGCUAUGAAAUGUUGAAUUCAUUUUAACAAUACA